UUCAGGAGAAUCGAAUCGGACGGAGGGAGGGGCGUGAAGAAGACGCCAGACCUCGGCAAUGGCGGGAAUGGCUCUGUCCUUGAGGAGCCGCUCGAGGUUAGCGCCGUCUCUCCUCGUCUUCCCCUGGCUCCCGGCGGCCCGACGAGGCGAAGGAGCGCAGGUGUUGCGGAGGGCCGUGGCUCCGAGCACCGUGAGGCCCGCCUGGCCGGCCGCCCCUCCGCUGUGGAGGCCUCACUGUACGGCCGCGACGGAGGAGUCGACCCCGGCGGCCCCUGACCCCCUGGCCCACCUGCGGCAGAACCCCUGGGAGUAUCUGGACAGCGAAGAAUAUAUCGAGCGCUAUGGGGAGAUUCCCAUCUGGAAGGAUUACAGACGGAACCACAAAGGUGGAAUCCCUCCCCAGAAAACACGCAAGACCUGCAUCAGAGGAAGUAACGUCUGUUCAAACCCGUGCCCGGCUUGCCGAGACUCAAAGAUCAUAAUGGACUUCAAGAAUAUUCGUCUUCUGCAGCAGUUUAUUUGCCCGCACCAAGGCAUUGUUUUUGACCCGUCGCUAACCGGUCUCUGCCAAAGGCAGCAUAAAAAUCUACUGGCAGCGAUUAAGAAAGCCCAAGACUACGGCCUGCUGCUGAUAGAGCUGCCGCUGCUCGCCGAGCCGGCGACGCCGGAGGACUUCACGAACGCGCACGGCGCCGUGUCGCUCACGCCCCCGCCGCCGCACUGUGCCGGCGGCUCUCCCGGCGACCCGUGGUACCCGUGGUACGCCUGGAGGCAGCCGCCCGCCCGCGAUGUCGAGAAACUCCGCGGGCUCUACAAGGGAUUCCUCAAGAAAGACCGACAAUGACGGCGGCAAGGGUGAUGGACGACGCUGAUUACGAUGACGAUGACGAUGACGACGACGCAGCGCUGACGUCGGAGGUUAGCGGCAAGCCGAAAACUAGAAGGGAUACGGCAAAUGUUGUAACGAUGAUGAUGUUUUUCGAUAUGGUGCCUUUUUAGUCCGGGCUGGGGGGGGGGGGAUUAAUCUCGGAGCCCUUUGCACGCAAUGCGCGACCGACUUACAUCUCGUCUCAAAUAUUUUUAAAGGACACCCCCGGUGGCAGCUGUCCACGUGCAGCCAAGGUGAUUCGGCACUUGUCCUGCGAGCGGGCAUCAGUCUGCCGCCAGUAAGAGGGGGGGGAGGAUCGAUGAUCGCUCUGUGUAAUCCCAACUGAGUGAUCAUCAGGCAGAGGUUGGCACUGCCCUCUCAGCGUCACCUUGUCCUUUGUUGAACCAGGAGAUUCAAUAAAAACGAUUGUGACUCGUGCAACUUUGCCUAUUUGCAAGGGAGGGGGCGGGGGGGGGGGGGUGACCUAUAUUUUUUACUGUCAUUUUACGUUUCUGACAUUUGAAAUCUAAAACUCAUCUCUUUUUGCGUUGCGAUAAACGAGCCUCAGCCGAGUCACUCCCGACAACUUGGCCCGGGACGCUCCCAAAUUGGUUUGUUUUUUCUCCUUCCCGCUCGCAGCUGCAAAAGCCGAGCCGUGGCGCGUUCGUCGCGAGCGCGUUGAGCGAGCGGAGACGCACGUUGAGCGAGCGGAGACGCACGUUUCUCUGCCAGCUCGCUGUCCGAGGCGGCUGGCCACGCGCGCGCGCGGAUGGCUCACCGCAGUGGCCGAUAUCAUCGCACGUGGGAACACGUAGCAGCGGCCCGAAUAAAAACGAAACAAAAUUGA